CAAGGCGUUACAUUCUUUUUUGUACACAAUGGCUUACCGUCUACCUCUAACUGAGCAGAGAUAUCUCAAAUGUGUCGAGUACUUCAAGAAAGCGAUAGAAAACCAUGACGAAAAGAUUAAGCGCUCAGCACCUAAACCUAAUACUAGCACCAACCAAAGUAUCAAUGUCCUUUUGCGUACUCGUCCCUUGCAACCCUCCGAAAUUGAUAAAGGUCAUUGUAGUGUGAUAUCUCAAUAUGGACACCGCACAUAUAUUCACGAACCAUACUUUAAAGUACUUAGUAACCCAGGUAUUAGAUCUCACACAAUGGAGGUUGACCAUUCUUUUGGUCCGGAACAUGACAACCAAUCUGUAUAUGACGCAAUUUCCGAACAACUGAAUGAGUCCAUCAAAAGCAAUGGCUUGAUUACAAUAUUGGCUUAUGGACAAACUGGUUCUGGAAAGACGUUUACUAUAACUGGUCUCUUGAACAUGAUCUUUUCUGAUAUUUUGACUACUCAGAAUGAUAAAGGCUUUGAAAUAUAUUGCUCCUCAUUUGAAGUCUUUGGGAAUGAGUUGAAAGAUCUUUUAGAUGAAACUUCUACAGUCCAAAUUCGCGAAACAACGACGGGUCAGGUGAAUGCAACUGGUUGCAAGGAGGUCAAGAUCGCGUCCAUGGAAGAUUACAUGUCCUUCAAGACAAAUACUGAGACUAACCGUCGUACAGCAAAAACCCUAAAGAAUGACCAUUCCAGUCGCUCGCAUGCUAUAUAUAAUCUUCGUAUUUGUCAAAAUCAAGAAAACUCAGCAAAUAGUGGAGUUAUAAUGCUUGUUGACCUGGCUGGCUCUGAAAGGAAUGCUGAUUCAACAGCGCAUGACAGUCAGCUCAUCAAAGAAACUCGUAUCACCAAUACGUCCCUGAUGGUUCUCAAAGAUUGUUUGCGAAAAGCAUAUGAAAGGACGUUAUAUCCAAAGAAGCAUGUACACAUACCAUAUAGGUCAUCCAAGUUGACCCUUUUGCUUAAAGGCGUGUUUAGCCCAGGACCAGAUCGUCUUGCAAAGACAUAUGUGAUCGCUACUUUAUCUCCAAGUAUAAUGGAUGUCAGUCAUUCACUUAAUACUGCUCGUUAUGCAGCAACAAUUAUUGAGACAAAGAAGCCACUGACAAGGAAUAAUGAUAGGAAGAAAAUUGCUUCUGAUGGGCUGUUCAAGAACGAGAAAGAGGAAACUUCCUUAGAUAUUUCUGAACAAGAGCGUGAAAGCAUCGUGAAAGCUUGA